UGCCGGCCCGGGUACACCACGAGGCCCGCGAGGCGGCCGGGGCGCGGGGGCAGGCGGGGCACAGAGCCCGAGUGUCCAGCGGAGGGGGCGGCGCCCUCGGCGUCUCCGUGACUGCGCCUCCGCGCCGCGGCUCGCCGCGGCUCCCGGGAUGCGCGGAGGCGGCGGCGAUGGCCAUGAUGCCUCCGGCUCGGCAUUCGCCGGGGCGGCGGGCGAAGCUGGGGUCCGGGCUGCGAGAUGGAGGAGGAGGGGCGGCGCUGCGGCCACCAGGCAGGCUUUUCUGCCUUGGGCCCCUUUUGUCAGUCGUCGCUCGUCUGUGAGUUGAGGCCCUGACUGCCUUCCCACGGAAGGAAGAGUCGUCUCUGAAGAUGAACUCAACAGGCCACCUUCAGGAUGUGCCCAACACCACCCUGCUCCACGUGCCUCACGCCCAGGGAGGAAACAGUACCGGUAUCCGGGACGGUCUCCAGGAACCCGUCCACACGGCCACCUUGGUGAUCUGUACCUUUCUGCUCGCAGUCAUCUUCUGCCUGGGCUCUUACGGCAACUUCAUUGUCUUCUUGUCCUUCUUCGACCCGGCCUUCAGGAAAUUCAGAACCAACUUUGAUUUCAUGAUCCUGAACCUGUCCUUCUGUGACCUCUUCAUUUGUGGCGUGACGGCCCCCAUGUUCACCUUCGUGUUGUUCUUCAGCUCAGCCAGUGGCAUCCCGGACACUUUCUGCUUCACCUUCCACCUCACCAGCUCGGGCUUCAUCAUCAUGUCCCUCAAGACAGUGGCGGUGAUUGCCCUGCACCGGCUCCGCAUGGUCCUGGGGAAGCAGCCCAGCCGCACGGCCUCCUUCCCCUGCACCUUGCUGCUCACUCUGCUCCUCUGGACCACCAGUUUCACCCUCGCCACCUUGGCCACCCUGAAAACCAGCAAGUCACACUUCUGCCUUCCCAUGUCCAGUCUGAUCGCCGGAGAAGGGAAAGCCAUCCUGUCUCUCUACGUGGUCGACUUCACCUUCUGUGUGGCGGUGGUCUCUGUGUCCUAUGUCAUGAUCGCUCAGACACUGCGGAAGAAUGCUCAAGUCAAGAAGUGCCCCGCUGUGAUCACCGUGGACGCUUCCAGACCACAGCCUUUCAUGGGGGCCCCCGUGAAGGGAGGCGGCGAGCCCAUCCAGUGUCCCAUGCCGGCUUUGUACAGGAACCAGAAUUACAACAAACUGCAGCACGUUCAGACCCACGGAUACACCAAGAGUCCCAACCAGCUGCCAACCCCUGCGGCCAGCCGGCUGCAGCUGGUGUCGGCUGUCAAUCUGUCCACAGCCAAGGACUCCAAGGCGGUGGUCACCUGUGUGAUCAUCGUGCUCUCGGUCCUGCUCUGCUGUCUUCCGCUGGGGAUUUCCUUGGUGCAGGUGGUUCUGUCCACCAAUGGGAGCUUCAUCCUUUACCAGUUUGAACUGUUUGGGUUUACGCUUAUAUUUCUCAAGUCAGGAUUAAACCCUUUUAUAUAUUCUCGGAACAGUGCAGGGCUGAGGAGGAAAGUGCUCUGGUGCCUCCAGUACAUCGGCCUGGGUUUUUUCUGCUGCAAACACAAGACCCGACUUCGUGCCAUGGGAAAAGGGAACCUCGAAGUCAACAGAAACAAAUCCUCCCAUCAUGAAACGAACUCUGCCUACAUGUUGUCUCCAAAGCCCCAGAAGAAAUUUGUGGACCAGGCCUGUGGCCCAAGUCACUCAAAGGAAAGUGUGGUCAGUCCCAAGAUGUCUGCUGGACAUCAACACUAUGGUCAGAGCAGCUCUACCCCCAUCAACACUCGGAUUGAGCCGUACUACAGUAUCUACAACAGCAGUGCAUCCCAGGAGGAGGGCGUCCCACAUAACUUACAGCCGGUAAACUCCCUUGGGUUUGCCAAUUCAUAUAUUGCCAUGCAUUAUCACACCACUAAUGAUUUAAUGCAAGAAUAUGACAGCACAUCAGCCAAGCAGAUUCCAGUCCCCUCUGUUUAGAGUCGUGGAGACUAGCGAAUCUUAUAUAAACUGUUUUGGUUUCUGAUACUAAUUGAUUUUUUUAAAAUUUUGGGAGACCAGAGGUACAUCAAAACUUAAAGACCUAGACAGUUGACACUUAGAACUAUCUUUUCUCUGAAGUAUUAGCAUCUCUUGGUUUGCUUUGCAGUUUCUUGACAUUUUAAGAGUUGAUGAAAAAGUUUAUUAUUUUACACCUGACCUACACCUCCAAUCUUUUGUACUAAAUUUUUUUUUUUUUGUACUAAAUUUUUAAAUAGAUGCCAGGGAAUGGUUUUGCUACUGUAUUAAAGUAGGGAAGGAACUGAUUAUGAUCAUUUGAGUCAGUGUUAUGAUUCUUUGAAGUGUGAGCUGGAUUUUUUUAAAGACAAUGAAAGUAUCAUCUUUAUUGAGAUAUUAUUUUUAUUAACUGAAUUAUAAAUUUUAAUCCUUUGAAGUGUUCAAAUGGGGUCAAUAUUUUUUUUUUUUUUGGUAGCAGGCUUAUUGGAAUAAAUAAUACAUUGUUAAAUCAGAAAUAUAUUAUUUAUAGCUAUAUUUUCCAAAACUGCACAAGCAUUAGUUACUUUCUUUUCAUAAGACAGUCAUCUAAGAAUAGAGUGUUAUGAUUAUUACCAUUUCUAAUUAUAGAUAUUAUUCUUUUGUGUCAGCUGAGUAGCUGUACAGUUCUUUCGAAAAGAAAUCUGUUUUUUCUUGCUAAAAAUGAAUUAUUCUAUUUCAGAAUGAUCUUACCCAAGAAACUUAGUGAAGAGGACUGCAUCUAUAGUAGAGUGAUGCUCUUCCUGGGAGAGUAGGCGCUAACUGUGGUCAUCUCAUCAGGGUGCUGUUAUGUUAUGUGGGAAGUGGGCUAGACUGUUGUAUGUGUUAGACAAUCUUUAAUUAUUGUCUAAGAAGGCGUAGGGAUGAAAUGGGAGUGUUUCAACUUAUGCUUUCCUUAUGUGUGAGAAUGGUUUGUUCACAACCUGACAAAGAGUAUCUAAAUAACUACUUAGAAAAAUUUUUUUGAUCUUUGUUAUAUAUUACCAUGGUAGAAAAAUUCUUAAGAUGAUCUGUUUUCAAACUAAUUGUGUUACUUCUCUCCCAUGAAUCUUAAACUGGAAAUGGGCAGUAAGGGGAAAUAGAUUAAGUAUUUCUACACUUAAAACUAAUUUUAUUAUAUACUCAGUGAUGCCUAGCAUAACAACUGUAAACUUAUUUUUUUAUGUGAAAAUGUUUUCAUGAUGUAGUUGACUUUUGAACUCAGUACAAUUUUGGAACUAUAGCUUCUAGAUGAGAUGAGCAUCAAGAUACAAAACCUAUCUUUAUAAAUUGUUAUAUUCAAGAACUGUUAUUACAGAUUGGAAGGCACUUUGUCCCUUUGGAUGAAAGGUGUUCAGGUUAUAGCAUCCUCUCCCAUGCUGUUCCUAAAAUCAGAGAUUAUGAGAGGCAUGGAGAAGACAGCUAAUACUCAACUAGAACUCUCCUCAGUCUUGUCUAAUAUUUCUGACCUUCCAGUAUCAACCAGUCAUUUCUAUUUCCGAGGUUUAAGUAUGAGAUAUGGAUUUUAUUUUGUUUUUAAAUUCACUUUUAAGGACUCUCUCCUUCCCUCCCCUCUCUCCCUUCUAUCCUUUAUUUUUGCUAUUAAAUUUUAUAACAGAAGAAAAAAUAUCCACUCCCACUUUUUCUUUUUUUUUGGUAAUUGAAUGCUAUUUUUGGAAGUCACUAUGACCUAUUUCAAUUGUGCUUUUAUAUUUUUAAUACAACUCUGUUUUCAUUUGUUAAUAUUACCAUGAAAUAGAUUGGUAUAUAAUCUCUUUUUAACAAAGAAUUAAGAAAUCUAAUAUCCUCUCCCAAGAUCAUUUGAAGAAUUGUGGCAAAUUAGGAAUUAAACAUUUAUCUAAAUUCAGAACCUGGUAUUUAUUUCAAUAAGUCAAACAGCUUUUUAAGUAAUAACAUUAAUCAAGAAGCUAUUUCAUACUUUUUAAGGUAUGAAUCUCUUUUUGUCCAGGCAUUUCAAAUGUGACUCAAUAAAAGAUAUUUUUUAAAAAUUUCUAUUGUACUUGUAAAACUAAAAAUUACAGGUUUCCUUUGUGACUUUUGAGUUUGAGACGAUUUGACCCAUGUUUGGCAGGUAAAAAUCGCAGCAUAAAGAAAAUUAAGCAUGUGCAUAUGAGGUUUCAGUCUCUUUAUGCUCAUCAAGAAAUUAUGGAUUUAACUUGCAUGAAGUACAUACUGGACUAGAUUCUUUAUAUCUCUGUAUCUAUGUCUAUAUGUAGGUAUAUGUAGAUAUAGAUAUAGAGGUAGGAAUAUAUAACUUGUCUCUUCAUAAGUUAUAUAUGUCUAGCCAUAUCUAUAUCUACCUGGAGAUAAAGAUAUAAAUAGGCAUAUAUAACUUCUCCAUAAGGGCUAAAAUGAAAACUUUUAUAAAAGUAAUGAGAAUUCACUUAUAUGACUAAUUAAGCAGGGCAUAUUAAUUAGUUCUCUUGAUGCUUUACUGUGAUGCAAAGUAUGUGAUUCAAACAUUUUAUAAUUGUUCUGAUGUUAACCAUUAGGCCAGAUUUGUAUUACUGAUGCUUUUAAUGUUCUUUUAAACUGACAUUUGGAAAAUAAAAAUUAUGAAAAUCCUGA